AUGGGACGACAACCUUGUUGUGAUAAGGUUGGAUUAAAACGUGGUCCAUGGACGAUUGAGGAAGAUCAUAAGCUGAUGAAUUUUAUUCUCAACAAUGGUAUUCAUUGCUGGCGAACUGUUCCCAAGCUUGCAGGAUUGUUAAGAUGUGGAAAAAGUUGCAGAUUAAGAUGGAUAAAUUAUCUAAGGCCUGACCUUAAAAGAGGGGGUUUUACAGAAUCAGAAGAGGAUCAGAUUAUUCAACUUCAUUCGUGUCUAGGAAACAGGUGGUCCAAGAUUGCUUCACAUUUUCCUGGUCGUACAGAUAACGAAAUCAAGAAUCAUUGGAACACUCGAAUUAAGAAGAAGUUAAAGCUCCUUGGUCUUGACCCUGUGACACACAAACCUAUUGACAAGGCAGAGAAAACAGAUGGUAAAAAUAAGAUGACCUCAGAUUCUUCAAAUUCAUCUAAUAAACAAGAAGCAAGCUUAGAGUCAAAGUCAGAGGAUGAUCAUGGCAUGACAGUUUCUCCAAGAAAAGAUGAGAAACUAGAAGAAAUUCAAGUAACUUUGGAUGAUACAAAUGAUUUAUUGAACAAUUACCAAAUGUUGUGUGGGAGCUUUGAUUUAGACUCAUGGUUGAACCAAGAAACAAAUACUUCUUCCUCUUACACAUCUUCAUUCUCAGUGGAAGAAUCCAACAAUCCCUCAAUGGGUGAAACCACCUCUAUUCAAGAAGAAUCACUAAAGCAAUGGAUUGAUAGUGUGGAUUCAUUUCUCUCAUGGGAUAGUUCUUUUCUCCUUGGGAUAUAG